AUGAUUUUAUUAAUUUUGGGACUCUUAGUCGUCGUGAAUGCUGGACCUGCAGCUGACAAGGAAUCCUACAAAGAUCAAUACUGUACGGAUCCUAGAACGAUGAGGAAGCACGCAGCGUACACAGAGUGGGCAGACGCAUACUCGUGCACCAGGCAUAGGUGCCAGCCUGGAGGACGGAACCUCGCUAUCUAUACAGUCGGAUGUAAGCGCGUCGAAGCCCCCGAGUCGGCGAUUGAAUGUGAAGAAGUGGUUGAAGACACCAACAUGCAGUUUCCAUUUUGCUGCACUCGUCUCAGAUGUCUGGUGGUAGUUCGUGGAGAGGUAUGGACGAGGGUGCUGGGCCAACCCUGGGAAGUUCUGCCAGCAGCGCCGUGGAGUCACAUGUAUAAGAUGAAGAAACCUCCACCAGCUGACUCCACUUUCCUUCCCAAGCCAAACGAACAAGGCCCAGUGUACGAGCUUUCGGAAAACGAAUCGGACACCGGCGGUCAUGAUAAGGUGCUACGAUCAGGCAAGAAGCCUGUUACUGACCCUGACUGCAAUGAAAUAGAGCCCAAGGCCGCCCCACCGCCCCCAGACAUCGUGAUCGCAUUGUCAACAAAUAAUAACGAAAUAAAGGAACAAUCUCACAAGAAAUAUGAGGCGAGGCGUACUGAAACUAAACAUGAAAACUCCAGACACAAGAGGCCUCGUAAAACAACCGCAACCACAACAACUCAGUACUUCGAGGAGGAUCGGGAAAGAGAUGGAGAUAACAAGGGAAAAGAGAGAGAGAAACACACAGAGUCUGAGGUACAGGAGGUUGAAGAAAUACCCGCGUCUACUGAUAAAGGUGGUCACCAUCAGCUGUCGUGGACUGAGAUCCCUCUGAACCAGUGGAAUGAUCCGCAUGAAGGUUUGGAUUUAGAAAAUCGAGUAACCGAGCCACAAUAUCAGGCGCAGGAUACUCAACCCCAAGAAGCACCAGAACCGAAAGCAGUAAUAAACCCCGCAAUGAAGGCUAAAGAUGAUAAACCAAGUAAUUUACAAGUUCUAGUAGACGCUAUAGGCACAAGAAUGAGGGACAUUGAGAGUGUUGUACAGAAAAUGAGUGAAAAAGUACACCAAGCAAAACCUGGAGUUGAAGGUAGCGUAGAAAAAAGGAUGUCGGCUGAGCAAGAUGGAACAAAUACACCCCUUAAAGAAUCUAAAAGACACAAGACUGAAGAGGAAUCCUACAAAAGGUUCUCGGUGCUUAGCAAUCAGGGUAGCAAAUACCUUCAUAGCUUCACAGACAGCCCUACUGAACCCCCGCUAAUUUUCGGUGACACUAAUCUGACCGGAUAUUUCAGUGAUGCUAGCAACAGUGUUAUAAGGAGGAAUUCGCUACCUAAGGAACCCCCACCAACCUACAUGGCUCCGGUAGAAACUCGCAGAUCCAAACUCCCCGUACAAAUGGCAGUCGUCUCCGAUAAUUUAGAUGAUAAAGAAAAUAAAAAGAAGAAGCAUUCACACAAGAAAAGGAGGGGUAAAGGAUCUCAUUCUCACAAAAAGCACACCCGCUCUAAAGAAGACAAGAAAAAACAUUACAACAGACUCAGUUCGGGUGAAAUUGAGAAAAAUAUUGUGUCCUUAGAAGAUAGUAGUGCGCUCGCUAAAAAAUAG